GAUCAGAGCGCGCAUGCGCAGACGGCACACAAACUAGAAAGGCUAAACAUUCCCCCCUCUAGAGCACAGUUUGUCCAACCUAUAUCACCCACACCGAAUCCAACAUUAAUAAUAAUUAUCUACAAACAGAGAGCAGCUUAUCUUUAAAAAAAAACUCCCCUUUCGUAUCUGCCAUUGUAGCCGGUUGCUAGCGUUCUCCGUGCAACGACAGCGGGCCGAUGUUUACCUCCCAGACCUCGUCCUUCCAGGAUUCAAUCGACGUGGAGGAGAGAGAUGACUUCGACUGCGAAGACAUUGGCGCAUACGGCCAGAAAACUCAGCUCAACUGCUACUACACCAUCUACCUUUAUCAAGGCACAAGAUCUGAGGCCUCUGGGGAAAGUGUGGCAUGGAACCAGAGAAGAGCAGACUCCACAACCAGUCAGGAAGACUUUAGCCUGACGCUGAUUGACAGCAGCCUGCCACCGGAGGCCGAGCCUGAGCUGAGGACCUACAUCUCAAGGAGGCUGAGCAAAGGCGCCCUGCUCGGGGGCAUGGGCAACAUCGCCACUGUGGAACUCAGUAUCCCAGAGGAGGCGGUCGGCUGCUACUGUUGUCUCCUAGAGCAGGAAAGGUCUCCUGAACAGCCCGAUGCUGAUGGCAAUGGAUAUGUGAUCUGCUUCAUGGGUGGCUCUGAAAAAGGACUGAACUUAUUUAGAUUAGAGCUUGAUAAAUAUGUCCAAGGCCUGCAUAGCAGCCUGCAAACCCCAGAGCUGCAAAACCUUGAGACGGAGGUGCGUCCCUAUCUGAGCCGCUGGUACGAGGAGUCUGUGAUGCACAUUCACAGAGUGGUACAGCUGGUCCAGAGCAACAUCAGCUUCUUGCUGCACGCUGCUCUGAGUCACACACAAGUGGAGGUCGUCAAUUCGGACGGGAGGACAAAGGCUGAUGUGUCCAGGUUCAUUAAAGCAGCAAGUUUGCAGGGUCUGUCCCAGCAAGACACCACAGCAGCUUCGCUGUGUAAGGCCAUCUCAGAGGACACACAGUCUGACCUGGUCAUAGACUGCUCCGCCAGCCCACCCACACUCUUAAACACUGUCAGUAAUCGUUUCUGCGACGAAUGGAUUCAGGCAUUUCUAAACGCAGCAGAGCGUUGCAAUCCCUUCUUGCUCAGACAGAUUCUGGAGAACUUCAAGCUUAAGGCCAUCCAGGAUAUGAACAGCCUGAAGCGAUUUGUGCGGCAGGCGGAAAUGAGUCACUACGCCCUGUUCCGCUGCUGCCAGUUCCUGCAGGGCUGCGGAAACGGGGACGUGUUGCUGCAGAAUGCCCGGGCGGAGCACAGCGACCUGCCUGAAGCCUGCAGCAUCAUCACCGUCCUGGAAGAGUUUCUCAGGGAACAGUCCCAAGCCCAGGGCUGAUUCCAAUUAUGACGCUCAACUCCGAGUCACUUUACUUCAACUAACUUUCCAGUUGGCGGUAAGACGGACUUGCUCCACCAGCCACAAAGCAGAUAGUUAAGUGUCAUUCUGAACUCAUCACUACAUCCCAUGUUCAACAUCCGAUUGCCAGAUAAAAUGUGGCUGAGGGGAAACUUUUAAUUUGCCAGCUCUUAAGACUCGGAUUCAAAAUUUGGAUAUCAGUAAUAAAGCAUCAGUUUCCUCCUCUGGCACUGCUGCUGCUUUUCAAAUAGAACAGUGGUGAUGAGAUGUGAAAUAUGUACUGUAAAAGACUGACAACAUACACUCAGCUUUACUCAACUUAUGCGUCUUCUUUUUGUUCUCAAUCAUAGUUUAUUGACUGCGUAGCAUCAAUGCAUCGAUCUAAACAGUUAAGGUUAGUUGUUAAUUGAACUGUAAAGCAAAGACGUCAGUGAAGGUGAACACAAAUAAAAAAAAUAACACCUUAAAGUUUAGAUCAACUUGCUGAGUGGCGCUUCCACAGCCUUUUUUCUUUUUAGACUUUUUGUGUCGCAUGAGUGUGUAUAACUACUAUGAACCAAAAAUGAUUACUAGUGUUUUGCUAACUGACAAAGAUGACAUCGCAGAAUUGAUCCAAUCUAAAGCCUCUGCCCAUUGGAGCAGAUUAAUUCUCUGCUAAUUUGAUGUCCAAAUUUUUAUUUUUUAUUUUCUUAUAGUAGAUUUCUUUUGUGAAGAAACAUAUUAAGGAUGCACAAAUCACUUUUAUGCAUUGCUUGUACCAUAGGCCUUUUUUUUUUUUGGUUGUUUUUCCUUUCAUCUCAAUAUUUGCACUACUAUAUUAUUUUUGUCUGAUUACUGCAACUUUAUGUAUGUACUGUAAUGUGAUAUGGGGCGUCUGUUUAAUUCUUCUCCGCAAUUGCAGUGUUGUAGAGGGAGUGUAGUUUUUGGAUGUGACGCGUAUAUUAGAAGAAAAUAUUUUCUGUGUAUAAACAUCUUCACAGCAUUCACCAGCUCAAGAGUUUAUGGUUAAAACAAAACAAAAAACAGCCACUAUUUGACCAGUCACUCACUACAUUUACUUUACAUUUGUGUAGAUUCAGAGGUUCUGCAAUAUUCAUACCCACAGAAUUUUUUUUUUAAAGAGAAGUAAAAUUCAAAUAAAUUUAAGACGAUGAAUAAAUGUUCUCAUAAAAAGGAUAAUAGCAUGCCUAAACUUUAUUGUCGUCAGAUUGUGUAUCUUGACGUGUAUUUAUAUUCCAUUAAACCCAUAAAGGGUUCAACUACAGCCAUUCCCAUUAAAACAAGUCCAAAAUGUGGAGUACAGCAAUAUCAGUGUUGGUGGUGGAUACUUUUAAACUGUGAACCAGGUGACAGUCAUUUUACUGUUGUGAACGAUGCUGUUGCUGACCCACAGUGCAUAUGUGUAGACAUUUCUGUACAGUGUGUUCUCUGUAGCUAUAAAUGGCCGUGAAGUUCUCUGCUUCUAGAGACGGAGAUGAAAUAAAAACUACAGUGGAACCUC